CAAGAAGCACACAAAACAGACAGCUUCAUUUAAAGAGGGUGAUCUACUAUCUAAAGAGAUGAAGAGCUUAAUUGUGUUGGUGUGGAUGGCUCAUGUGUGUUCUUGUAUCUCAAUACAGAAGCUGAGAAAAGCUCGUCAACUGGGCUGGGGAUGGACGUUGGGAGAUGACUAUGAUUACUAUCAACCUGUCAUUAAUCUAGAUCCCCCUGGAAAUGUUGCACCUGCUCCAAAUCCUGCACCUGUUCCAAAACCUGCACCCGCUCCAAAUCCUGCAUGCGUUCCAAAACCUGCACCCAUUCCAAAACCUGCUCCAAAACCUGCACCCACUCCAAAACCUGCUCCAAAACCUGCACCAGCUCCAAAACCUGCACCCGCUCCAAAACCCGUUCCAAAACCUGCACCCGUUCCAAAACCUGCACCCGCUCCAAAUCCUGCACCUGCUCCUGCACCUGUCCCUUUUACUCCCAGCCCUGCUCCAGCUGUCACAAGUGGUCCGCCACCCAUCUUCCUCUUUCCUAGCGCAGACGGAGAGCAGUUUCAUGUUUUUCGUUUCCCUUCUAACAGUGGCAACGCUGUUCAGGACUUCAAAUUCCCCCCUGGUUUCGAUUUUAAUGCUCCUGAGACUGACUCAGGACCUGCCCCUAGGCCCAGACCCAGACCAAGGCCCGGGCCCAGCCCAGGCCCACAACCAACUAGAGCUCAGCCCUCCAUAUUCCCUCCGACUCGAGGACCAACCUAUAUCAAGCCUGGCUCACAACAGAUUGCUCCAGAUGAGCGUCAACCUCCUGUCAUCAUGUUCCCUGGUAUUGUGAUUCCGCCUGACAUUGACAUGGCCUCUGUUCUGAGACAGCUGCUUGAAAGUGUCGGUCAGAACCCUGAUCAGAUUGACGGUUACAUUAUAACCAAAGAAUGACCAGUGCUUUAGCGUACUGUGAUCUGAUGGCUUCUCAUGGCAUGUGUAUUUGUGGUAUGUUCUGCUGUUUUUAAGGUUUUGUAAUGCCAGUUUCCUGGCAUUUCC